AUUUUUCGUUAAUUCUAUGAUAAAAAAUUUAAAAAAAUGGGAAAAUAUUGUUUUAUUUGCAAGGAACGUUUUAAAGCAGACAUGUAUCACAAGUUUCCUGUCGGUGUUGAUAUGCGUAAAAAAUGGCUUGGUGAAUUUGGAUUAAAAGAAGAUGAUGUUUCUAAAAAUACACUUGUGUGUUCAAACCAUUUUGAAAAUCAUUGUUACUACAUUCCUAAUCAUUUAACUGGGAAAAAAGUAUUGAAAAAGGAUUCCAUCCCUACGUUAUUACUGGCUGUUCAGAAAGUCAAGAAAACACCACGUAAAAGAAAAUUAGAUUUUGGUGGAGAGUCUUCUAAUACGGCCUUAGAAUCAAAUUCAAACAUGGAAUUAUUAAGUGCUAAUUCAAAUAUGGAAUUAGUUUCUAUCGACACUAUAAAAAGUGAAUUAGUUUCAUCUGACAAUUCAGAAAUGGAUUUUGUUGCUUCUGAAAGCAGUGUUGCAGAUUUUGAUGGAGAGUCUUCUAAUACGGCCUUAGAAUCAAAUUCAAACAUGGAAUUAUUAAGUGCUAAUUCAAAUAUUGAAUUAGUUUCUACCGACACUAUAAAAAGUGAAUUAGUUUCAUCUGACAAUUCAGAAAUGGAUUUUGUUGCUUCUGGAAGUAGUGUAUUGAAAACACCUAAAACCCAAAAACGCUGGCGCCCUGCUCAUGUUUCGCAAGUCGAUAUGGAGCACGGAUUUGAUACACCUCAACGCGCCAAAAGACAUUUCAGUUUGGCAGUUGAUAAAAUACGUAGUCAGAAAGAGAAAAUUAUCGCCUUAAAUCGACAGAAUCGAUCAUUAAAAGCCAAAGUAAAAUAUUUAGAAACGUUUCUAAAUCAUUUGAAGAGCAAGGACUUGAUUUAAGAGGCUCAUUCGCAUAUACAAAGAUAUCGCCCAUUAUUACAUUAGAAACAUAAUGUCCCCUGGUUGCGCGAUUGCAAAUAUAAAAAUAAUAAUUUUUCGCAAUUUCCUCCAGAAUCGCCAAUUAUCGGAAUCAGCGUAAUAUCAAAAAUUAAAACCAACGAUUUAAAAAAUUGACGAUAGCGAUUGGUCGAACGGACAUCGAUUAUUCUAAACGCGAAAACUAUCGUGUAUGCAUUUCGCCGACGAAAUAAACUUCCAAGCUUCAAGAAGAAAAUUGCAAACUAACUUAAAGGCUAAUACUUUUCCUAGCCUCCACUUAAGUAGUUCACAAUUUAUACAUGCAGAGACGGUGAACAUAAAUUGAAACAAAACUGCAUCAAAACGACCUGGUGAGUCAAUUUAAGGAUCACCUAUUGCGUCUACCAGUCGAACGAUUGUGGAUUUAAAUAUCGAAGAGGAACAAAUCAGCGAAUCAACUGCAGUUUCUUUAACUUGACCUGCGUUUCAAAUAGAUUUGAAGAAAAAAAUGUACUUAGUAAAAGAAAGAAAUGUGAGAAGGAAAAAAGAAUUAUAUUUAAAGAAGCAAGGCAAUAUUACCAAAUUGCGAAAGACAUGUUAAGAGUUGCAUGAAAGUUGAAAGAUAGAAAUGAAACCUAUUUUAAAAGAUUGGAAAUUGCAAAAAUUUAUGCUGAAAAUAUUGCAUUUAUACAGUUCAUUUGUUAAUUCAUUUAAAACAAUGAUAGCGAAUAAUCAUGGCACCACAUUCCCCGGGAGCAAACUGUAAGCAGCAUGAUAGUGAGGGUGCUCUUGACACUCUCAAGCAGUUUAUUCUUUUGGACAAUCAACAUUUACAUGGAGUAGACCGAGUAGAAGAAAAGCAUAAUGCAAUGGCAGUAGAUUAGAAAAUAAUUAGGUGUUGUCGUGCUUGCAGAAAUGAUUUAUGAAAAGAAGAUGCUGCUUCAGAUGAUGAACAUUUAUGUCAACUGAAAUUAGGACAUAUUUAAAAAAAAUCAUUGUUGCGGCCAAACACACAUUUUCGCAAAAUAUAUACAAAAUGCUCCGAGACUAUGCUUAUG